AUGGACAGCAAAGUUGAGCCUUCGCAACAACAGAUGGAGCACAGUGCCGCUGUAAGAAAGGGUGGCUUAAUGAACACUUUGUAUCCUCCAGGACCACGGCCAGGCGCAAAGGGUCGCAUGAAGAACCAUUGCAGGAAGUUCUGGUGGUGUGACUUGCUCGUUUUCGCCAUCAUUGUUCUGAUUAUUGUGUUGCCCAUUAUUUACGUUGCCAUUCCGAAACGAGCUCAACGCGAGCUCAACGCCUCUACUCUGGAAGUAACAGCACAAGAAGUCACCAGCCCUUUGCCUGAAAGCGUGCAUCUCAAGAUUGACACCGUCGUCCGAAGCGACAGCAGCUAUCACCCGACCAUUAGGCCUUUCCGCGCUGGACUCUCGCUCAAGGAUCAAGAGCCGUUCCUCUACGUUAAUGUUCCUGAGGCCAAGUCGGAGGAAGUGACCUACAUCACAAUCGAUCAAGAUGUCAACUUUGACUCCGUCGAACGCUUUUCUCAGUACACCCAGGCGGUGCUCGCUGCCGAAAGCCUCGAUGUCUACAUGGAUGGAAAAACCAAAUUGAAGCUUUCCGGCCUACCCACAAUGUCCGUAAACUACAACAAGGUCAUCACCAUGAAAGGCCUCAACAAACUCGCGGGUCUUAACAUCACCGAUGUCCGCAUCCUCUCCGGCAGAGAAGAAAUCCUCCCCGACGGCUCCAACCUCAUCGGCAACGUCUCCAUUCCCAAUCCCUCCGUCAUGACCCUCGAUCUCGGCAACGUCACCAUGAAUCUCGCCGUCGACGGCCGCUCAAUCGGCUACUCCCUCAUCCCCAACCUCGUUCUCCGUCCGGGCAACAAUGUGCUCCCCAUGCAGAGCCGCGUCGACCAACUCACCAUCCUCGGCCUCGUCCAGUCCACCUACAGGAACGCCGUGCUCCCCAUUGAAAUCGUCGGCAACUCGAGUAUCGCGAGUAAUGGCCAGCAUCUGACUUACUAUGAAGAUGCGAUUAAGGGUAAUACUAUUCGUCUCGAUUUGAAUGUUGCUUCGGCCUUGGCCCAGAUUGGUAUUAACGUCACGAGCUCGGCAUAA